AAACAGAGCGACCCCCUACGGCAGGGUCAGGUACUGCAGCUCGGUGAUUUCUAUCGUUUUGGGCCGUUUGGCUUACACUUUCCAAAAUGGCGACCUCCCUGGGAUCUAAUACUUACAACAGACAGAACUGGGAAGACGCGGACUUCCCAAUACUGUGUCAGACAUGUUUAGGGGAGAACCCUUACAUCCGUAUGACCAAGGAGAAGUAUGGGAAAGAAUGCAAGAUCUGUGCCCGGCCCUUCACCGUGUUCAGAUGGUGCCCGGGCACACGGAUGCGUUUUAAGAAGACCGAGGUCUGUCAGACUUGCAGUAAAAUGAAGAACGUUUGUCAGACGUGCCUUCUGGACCUGGAGUAUGGUCUGCCCAUCCAGGUCAGAGACACCGGCCUCUCUGUGAAAGACGAGGUUCCCAGGUCUGAUGUGAACAAAGAGUACUACACACAGAACAUGGAGAGAGAGAUAGCCAAUUCUGAUGGCACUCGACCGGUAGGCCAGCUUGGUAAGGCUCCAAGCUCUAGUGAUAUGCUGCUCAAAUUGGCCCGAACGACGCCGUAUUACAAGAGAAACCGGCCUCAUAUCUGCUCCUUCUGGGUGAAGGGGGAGUGUAAGAGAGGAGAAGAGUGUCCCUACAGGCAUGAGAAGCCCACGGAUCCCGACGACCCUCUGGCUGACCAGAACAUCAAAGAUCGUUACUACGGCAUCAAUGACCCAGUUGCUGACAAGCUGCUGAAGCGGGCUUCGACUAUGCCCCGGCUGGACCCGCCGGAGGACAAGUCCAUCAGCACUCUUUACAUAGGAGGGCUGGGAGACACUGUAACAGAUGGAGAUCUCAAGAGUCACUUCUACCAAUUUGGAGAAAUUCGAACCAUCACUAUAGUCCAAAGACAGCAGUGCGCCUUCAUCCAAUUUGCCACUCGGCAGGCGGCGGAGAUGGCCGCAGAAAAGUCCUUUAACAAACUAAUCAUUAAUGGACGGAGGCUCACUGUCAAGUGGGGAAGGUCUCAGGCAGCCAGAGGAAAGGAUGGUGUGAAGGAGGGAGUGAGUGAGAUGGGCACCAGACUGGAUCCGGUACCUGGCCUGCCCGGAGCACUGCCUCCCCCGCCAGCUCUGGAUGAAGAGGCUCCGGCAAACUACUUCAACCUGGACCCGAGCUCCUCGCCUGCGAUCAUGAACAUCACUUUGCCGCCACCUCCAGGCAUUAACCCCCCUCCACCAGGUUAUGGCCCGCCGAUGUUCCACCCCAUGGGUCCCAUGGCGCCCCCUGUCCCCCCUCCUAUGACAAUGAGACCCCCGGGUACAAUCCAUUAUCCGUCCCAGGAUCCCCAGCGGAUGGGUGCCCAUUCGGCACACGGCGCACGCCACAGCGAGUAGCUGGCAGGGUGGCGCCAGGCUGCGGCUGGAUUUCCUCUCGCUUUCUUCUCGUGUCAAACCUGGUCGGGCGUGUGCAUGUUCAAGGCUUCCGUGGGCCUGCGGACUACUAGAGCAAACACGCUACACAUGAUACUUAACUCUUAUUAAUGCAACCUGCAGAGCAGCAAACGAACCCUGGGCCACGCGAGGUGACGGUCAGGGAUUUACUCAAUGACGUUGGUCGUUCUAGGAAAUGUUAACUAAUAGAAAACAGUACAAACAGCCUCUCAGCAUGAGGACGCUUGGCUAAUGUGACCAGGACCACAUGGAGACCAUGUACAUAUUAAAAAGAAAAUGUAGUCUUUGAAGAAAAUCUGUCUUCGUCUCAUUUUGCAUUGUAUCACCUGGAGUUGAAUACUGAGAGGUAUUUUAAAAUCUGUUCACUUUCAGUUACAUUGAGAUAUUUUUUUUAUUAUUAUUAGACGCAAUCUUAACAUUGAACAUGAUCUUGACUUUAUUGUAAAUCUUUCUUUACAUAUUUUCACUUCUCAUUAAAAUGACGCUCUUGUCAAGUGAUUAUCUUCGUGUACAUUUAUUACUGCACAAGGUUGUGUUUAGAGAAGAAUGAAAUCCACAAAGAAAAACAGGACAGAGGAGUUUUGAGCAGUUU